AUGUCUGCUAAAAAGGACAUGCGAAGGGCGGACCUUGUCAUUCCCUACGUCGAGCCCAAAGAUGAGAAGCCCACCGAUUUCAGCUCGACUAUAACGAGCACCAUGCCUAUGGCAGCUGAUCAGGUUUUCUCUAUUAACAGCACUGUUGAACUGGUUGGGAGAGACACCGGCCCAGAGACAGAGUCCUAA